AUGAAACCAAAAGACAGAGUUCGCGAACGUUUGGAAAAUAAUCCAGUAUACAAAAUAAAGUUCCCUGAAAAAACACCUCGUCAACUUUUGCCUGGAGUUUCCGACCAUGAUUUACUGAAAACUAAAAAGAAUCAGAAUAUAAUUAGCAGUACUCAUUCUGAACUGUAUCCUCAAACAAGCUAUGAGGAAGAAAAACAAAUUCAACAAGCUCUACAACUUAGUAGUUCGUCUCAAUCUACACAUAUGAUGCCCACCCUACAGCGGUAUGUGCAACCACUAUUGCCAACAGUUCAACCUUCUGUGUCCCCUCCGCUUCCGGCUAGACCACCGUCACCGAUACCGAUACCACCACCACCACCACCACCACCAGAUGAACAUUAA